GUGAUAAAAAUUUCAAGGAAAAAACACACACAGCUCCUUCCUCCCUUCCUUCAGGGAGGGAAGAGAGUUUGAGCGGAGAGGAAAAUCUAUCUGAGACAGAACAGGGACAGUGAGAAAAAUAUGAGUGGGAGAGGGAGAAGGAGGAGGAGGAGAAGGAGGGGGGGGAGCAAAUUAAAAGUUGCCAAAUGGAGAUAUUGGGUUUCAAGAGGAGUGAGACAGGAGUAAAGGGUUUGCCUCUUUGAGUCGUCUUUAUGUUAUGCUAAUCGGAAUAAAUAUUUAUGGCUUGACGCGGUUUAGUCUUUAGCCUUUUCAACGCAUUCCAGCCGACCGGGGGAAAACGGGCGUUGUCGCCUCUGCGGCUAGCUAAUCGAACAGCGGAACAGGCCGGGGUUUGGGGCUAAAAUGUGGCGUCCCGUCCCCGAAGGCGACCCGACCAGGACACACGGCGAUGCUCUAACGCCCGAAUCCAAACCUCUCGGUUCGGGAUGGCGAUUCAGAUGUGACGUUUUUCGUGUUGGCAGAUGAGCCUCGUCGAGGACAAAUGAAAGCUUCCCCCAGCAGAAAAGGAGAGUACGUCAGCGAGGACGGGCGUUUUGUCCUGCUUGAAUGCGAUUGUCAUUAUGUCGAUUCAGGCUAUUUUUGGAAAUUAAACUCCCAAACUACAGCAGCCGAGCCUCGAGACCGGUCGUGGUGCUUCGAAAGGACGUGGAGCCUACCUCGGUGCCCGCAUGCUAGGACAGAUUUCGGCAGCGGCUUUCCGCUCAGAAUAGCUUUCGAAACUGCGUUUUUAUUAAACGAGGGUUAACAAGGGAGUAAAACCUAAACAUGAAGGUCUUAAAGUCGAUGUCCGUGGUUAUUUUAUGUCUCCAGACAUGGAUACGACCCGGAUUUAAUUUUAUGCUAACACAUUGGAGUUGAAUAUAUAUUUAUCCAUCUGGUUUGGCUUCUAAUGCUUCUUUUAUUACACUAAUAGGUCUAGUGGCAUCUUAAAGUACACAUUUAGUAGGUUACGCUAUUUUUCCCCCCACUGAAAUAAAUUACCAUCAUUCAUUCUGGGUUGUUUUCCGAUUUUCUUUGCGUCAAGUCAACAGUUCUUUCAUUUAGACUAUUCGAAGACCUGUGAUGCCGUUUAUUUCCGCAGGAAAGGAGCUAAAGUCGUCUGCAAACGCGUUUGAAAAGAUGUAUGGAGUUUAACUGGCCAGUCGGUCUUUGUUCCCUUGGAUUCAAAGAUGGAGGCUGGACGUGGUGCAGCUAAAGACAGCCCAGCAGCCAUUUUGUGCCUCUGCAGUUUUAACUCAACAACUCAAGACCUUAUUUCAUUCACACACGACUAAAGUCCUUAUCCCCAAAGACCACUGUCAAGUUAUAAAAACCGUGGGACUUUGUAAUUUUGAGCAUUUUAAUAAAACGUUUCCCAUUGAUCUUAAAUCAUUAUUAUUCAGAAUACAAUAAACCCAAUAUGUUUAGUAGUAGCCUGGCAAGUCAGACUAAAUUAAUAUAUUAUUAGCAAAACAAGAAUUUGGUCUAGUUUACUAGGCUGCUUUGGCAGCAUUUGAACACACCACUGCAGGACCACACUGCAUAAAGUCAUGCAAUGUAACUAUAUGAAGCUUAAAUGGCCAUUGGAAGUCAAAAUAUGGUGCAGGGUGGAGUUAUUUACACUCAAAUGCCCAUUUCUACUCUGCAGACAUGACAGCCAGUGUAGGAGAGCAGAGUAAUGGGAGGGAGUUUGUUGGUAGGAGGGGUGGAGGCCAUCCUGUCCUUUACUUGUUGACUGAAUAACACGUUUUCUUUUCCACACCCAUGUUUCACACACUCACCUAUCAGUCUUGUAUUCCCCACCUCUACAUGAUCAAAAAUGAUCUUGUAAAUUUACUAAAUGCAGUUUUUCACCCUCCAGCUCAGCCUGUUUCAGGGGAAAAGGGAGGUAAAUGACUGAAUCCAUGCUUCCUGGUGGACAUCUGUGUCAUGGAUGAUGACUAUGAUCGCCGUCUUCUGGAUAUUUUAGGAGAUGCAGAUGCAUUGAACGAUUAUCUCCACGGCAGCAACAGCAAGUCUAUUGAGGAAGAUGAUGUGACAAAUGCAGCUUAUGGGUCAGAUGGAUCUUUCUUUGCCAGUAACACAGUUAGCUCCAGUGCUGGUCUCAAGGAUGGCUCUUCUUCCAUGGGAGAAUUUGGAGAGGACUCAUCUGGGGCAGGCCUCCAGCUCUCCAGCAGCCUCUCCUUUAUUGAGGACGAGCUGGGGGCUGGUAGCUCCCCUGAAGGGGUGGAUCUUGGCGGAGAAGACCAGCAUUUUGACAUCCUCCAGAAGUCCCUCAUGGAGGCUGACAUCACUGAGCAGACGCUGGCCCAGGAGGCCUUGUUGGACUCCCAGCCUGCUCCCACUCUUGUUCAGGCUCCAGUUCCCUUUUCCUCACAGCUGGUCUCGGGGAGUUACGGAGGUGGGGUUGGCGUGGUAACCACAACGUCUGCUGCCAUCCCAGCCGGCCAGUUACUGCAAGGAAUGCCCCCACUGCCCAAUGGCUCGACCCAGCACAUCCAGGUGUUGGGGUCCUUUGGGACAGGCGGUGGUGUGAUGACUCUGAGCAGCUUGGAAAGGACUCCCCAGAUUGUCUUGAGGCCAGGGUUGCCUGUGGCUUCAGCAGGAGCCACGACAGGAGGGCAGGUGUUUGCCUCAAACCAAGGGCAGGUGGGCCAGGUCGGCUUACCUUUUAAAAACAUCCCCCUUCAAAACAUCAUCAUCCAAAGAGGCCCAGGAGGGACCCAGGCUAUCGUCAGACCCAUCCAGCCUAAACCCCCUCUUGCUGGAUCCCAGACGGUCUACAACCUUGGUGUCCAGCCGUCUCCCACCUCCAUGGCUAAUGUGAACGCUAACACCACUGCUCCUGUAGGACAGUACACAGCUAAUGGGACCAUUGUGGUGCAACCGCCACUGGAGCAGCAACAAGUUCCAGCCCAGACAAACUUACCCACGGGACAGUUCCUACUCCCCAACUCGUUGACGCUCACUCCCUCCACCGCCAUCCACAAUGGCACCACGAACCCCUGCUCAAGUGCUUUAAUCACCAAUCAAAACACCAUGCAGAUCGCUGCGCCCGCCGGUCAGCUGAUUCUGAAUCAGGGCAUGGCGAGUGGGGGUCAGGUUGUAGGAGAUGUAACUCCGACAUGGACAGGAGUCUCUUGUGCAAGCACCACCCCUGUACAAACCUGCACCCCUGGGAGGUUGACUCUGGUUGGCCCGGCAACGGCUGGGAUUGGAGGUCACCAAGCAUCCGGUUGUCACGUUCAGCGCCUUCUAGUGACUCAAACACAGAACUGCACUUCUCUGUCUCCUUUACCUGGCAACGUGACACAGGAGCAAGGAGAUUUCAGACAGAUUUCUACAUCACCUGCCUUUAAGCAGGGACAACUUGGCAGCAUUCAUGUCACGAAAACCCUAACACAAGAUUCAGCACCAACCUCUGAGAGGCCCGUCGCUUCACCUCUCACAAGAGGCGAUCUGAUUUUGCAGCAGCUGAGGAAGGAUCACACAGGAGUUCAAACCCCAGACCGAAGGAAGUUUGCGUCAGUUGAUGAUGCACUGCAGAGACUUCUCUCUUAUCACUUGUUCCAAGGGGCUCCACCAAACCAGGACGAGUUCUCCCAAGUGGAUGAGGAGUUUGAGGUGGUUGCAACCCAAGUGCUGAACAAGACCCAGGCCAUGGUGGACAAAUACAGACGACUACUGAUGGUAGAUGCCGAACGAUCCAGUCCUUCAUCAGAAAUGGUGAUGAUUGACAGGACCUUUAACCAGGAGGAGCGCGGCUGCCUGACCCAAGACAAACGCAUGGUUCUUGUGGAUCCAGACAGCUUCCUGGAGGACUUCUGUUGUGGGCCAAAAUCCAGACGUUUUCACGAACCUGUUCCCUCGGAACCAGUGAACACGGAUAGUUGGGAUGAGUUGGAUCAAGGCUCUGUAGAGCCGGCGUACAGAACAGACUCCCAGCUCGGCUGUGGAGACCCGGGAGGGGGUGUGGAUGUGGGAGAAAGACUCCACUCAUCACAUUCAGAGAACAAGACUGUUUCAGAACUAAAGAGAACUCAGCCGCUCUCCUGGUCCAGCGGCGCCGGCAACAACAGUUUCACUGCUAAAGGUUACUCGCAAGGUAAACCUGCGCAUUUUGCUGCAGCUCCAGCAGGACAGGCCCACUAUCAGACGUCUCAUCACCUAUCCUGCUCUCCAACGCAGCCUCAGCACUCCCCCGGGCUCACCUCCCCCCCUCCCCCAGACACAGACUCUGCUUUAGAGGCAGCAGUCAACAGCAUCCUGGAAUGUUAACACCGAUGCGUCAUGUUGUUCUGUAGGUACAUUUCUCUCUGUGUGUCUAACUUCUGUGUGAAGAGAGGUGCACUUUUCCAGACUGAUCCAUGUGAUAACACAGCCAUGUAGCAUUUUUGAGUUUCAUUGGAGGGUUGUUGAGACAUACAGGCACUUACCUAUGAAGACCCGGGAAUGUGUGCAAUGCAGAGGAUUAACAGAUGCAAUUAAACAAACAACAACCUUGUUAUUCUAAUGUAGCGAUGCAGAGCCUUGUUCCUCUCUUCACACACGUCCAGCAGUUUGUGCCAUUUCCCCACUACAGGGAUGAGAAGGAGUCUGUGCCUGAUUUUAAGUUUUUAUAUGAAAGUGUUUACAUGAAGAAGCUCUACUCAGAUAUUUACUCCCUUGUUUCUCUUUUGCAUUACAAAUCCAACAGUGAACAAACGUGUUUAGUGGCAAUUUUAUGUUGUACAGAUCUGGAGCAGAACCAUUUUCAGCUGCCUGUAACAAAAACAAUAACCCCCUAGCCAUCCUAGAAAAACUCACCACACUAGUUACUGUUCUCAGCAGCUUCGUUACUUUCUUGUGCUUACGUCACAUUUUGCUGAAUUUUCUUUUGUACCUUAAAGGUACGCGAGUCCCGGCACAGACGCAGUACAAACCUUCACCCGUCUGUUUCGUUUCACAUCGAGUUUGUGUACGUGGAGUUAUGUCCUCAGAUUGAGGAAGAGAAGUUGAGUUUAUCUUUUUAUUGAGAUUUUCAUUUCCUCAUUUUUAGAAAUGAUAUAAGGAAGAUUGUGUUUUGUUGUUGUGAUGUUACCCAGCUUUGUGAGCAGGACACUUGGACAGUUUUAACGACCCCAGAGGGUCACACAUCGUCUGCCUUCUAGAUACAAUCAUACAUUGAUCAUAUCUGCUUCUGUUUUAACAAUUUCACACAUCUAGAGUGUUUGUGCGUUCAUUUGCAGCCAUGUACACUAGUGUAUGGCUGUUGUCGUGUAGAUUGCCACACUUUUCACGUCAUUCCUUCAUUUUUCUCUUUUUACUUUACAAUAAAAUUUCUCACAUUUGCUCAGUUUUCUCUCAGCAACACGACCGAUUAUGCCCAAAGGAUGGGUUUGUGCUGAAUCCCUUUUCAGUUUCCUUUUCUUACUAUAAAGAAAAGUCUGACUGAGAUGACACGAUGCUCUUAUUGGGAUCAUUUCAGAGCUGCAACUUUAGGUGAUUGUGAGAACAAAUGACUGAAAUCUGCACUGUGGUGAAAACAAGACGCUGUUCUUGUGAACCAAACACAAAACCAAAGGUUCAAUUUAAUGUGAUAAAUGCUUUUAGAGUUGAUUCUGGGUAGUGCGUCUUCAUCAGUCACCCAAGAACAACUUUCAAGAUCUUCAAAAAUGUUUAUAAGGAGCGAUGGAGAUGGUUUUAGUAGCAUUUCUAUUAAUCCAUGUAAACAUCUAGCAGCUCGUAAUCGCUGAGCAAACUGGGCUUUUUAAAGAACGCGAGGUUUAGCAUUAGCUCCUAUAAGUGACUGCUGCAAAAUGUGCCUGUGGUGCUCUUUUCAUCCACAUAAAGCAGGAAAUCCUGGUAAAACGUUGUUUUGAGGAUGCAUCUCACGCUCUCCAGUGGGAACAUGCUGUGCUUUCUCGCCCUCAUAUUCAGUGCAGUUAACUGUGUUCUUCCAUUUUCACCAUUGGUCUGUCUCUUGAUUUGUAUAGUUGUUUUGUAUAAAAAAUGAAAAGUUGAAAUAUUUAUAAUUUUGUAUGAAGAAAACGAAUUGUUUCAAGGAAAAAGAAAUUAUUUUUAUUGUGUUGGCUGAGUGGUGAUGUCAGAAUAAAUGGUUACAAAAAUG